AUGAGACGUGGAGUAAACCAAACCACUAACGAAGGCAUGGUACUAAGAAGUCACCGACAUGGGCAAGAGGCAGCAAGGAGCUUACCUAUAUUAACAGGUGCUCUCCAAACAAACCCUAAUGCAUUUUGGAACCAGGAAACAGAAACCACAGAUGGCCAGCCUAGUUCGACAGCAACAGUCCAUCAGCAAGCAACUCUACCUGGUACGUCUCUGACAUCACCACACCACCAUUCAGCGAGGAUUCCUACAGCCCCAGAGGAGUGGCAAUUCACCCAGGUAAAUGCGACUGACAAUGGACAAGGCUUCUCAUCAAAUAGCACACAAGGUAGGAAUGUUCCUUUAUUAAUUAAUGGGGAUAAUGACCCACAAACUGGUAGACAGCAUACUAUGGGGUGGAUACCACCGUUUACAUCAGGCACUCAAUUUAUUAAUAACAUUGCUGCACAUACAGGAGCAGUACCUAGAAAUAGUUAUUAUAAUGAUAAUGUACAGCUAAAUAAUCAGAGUUUUUUACCUCCUACCAAUGUAAACAGUAAUCAGCAAGGUUGGAGAGGUUCUGGUCAACCUGUUUUUCUUGAAACACAAACUAGAAACGUCAAUAUUGCCGAUGUUUGCAAGAUAUCAAGGCGCGCUUUAUUUGAAGAGUGGUGUGCUUACAAAAAAAAUGAAAGGCCCCUCAAAAUUUUAUUAAAAAUUAGGUCCUAUCUGCCUACUGAUAUUCCUGAAGUUAUAGAACAAAACUUAAAAGAAAAUAGUAUCAGUUUUUGUCGCCAAAUUAACAAAUGGUGGCAAGAAUGCUUCCGAUCACGCAAGAAACUGGAAAAAGACCAUGCUGUCUGGCUUAAUGGAACCAUGACUAUUAACUUAAAUAAACGGCCAACAACUAGUCCACAGGGACCCUCUAGUUCAAUGGGAAGACCCCAAAAAUUAUUCGAAGAAUUGUCUCAAAAAUCUAAGAUUCGACGAGUAGAGCCCCUAGUGAAAAAUCAUACCUCGAAGGAAUUAUGUUUUGCCGCCGAAAGAUCGAGGCGGUUUUCGACUACCAACAGUACUACAUCAAACACUAUCACAACCAUAAAGGCCAUUGCGUUAUAUUAUGACCUUAAUUUAACUGUCAGGAAGUACGAAAUUUUACGUUCCGUUGUAAACGCGAUGCAUCCCGACUGUUUCCCAAGCUAUCGUUCCCUACUUACAACAAAAAAUAAAUAUUUGCCAGCCCACAUUUCUGUAACGGAGACAUCUGCUGAAGUUGACCUUCAAGAACUUUUAGAAAAAACAACAAUCAGUAUAUUAAAUAUUUCAAACUUAAGUAAAUGUCAAACUAGUGAUUUAAAACUUAUUUGUAAAUGGGGUUUUGACGGUAGCUCGGGGCACAGUCUUUACAAGCAAAAAUUUGCAUCCCCCUCUGCUACUGAUGAAUACAUGUUUCUAACGGCUAUGGUUCCGAUACAAUUGAUCGACAGAAGUAAAAAUAUUAUUUCGUGUAAUUUUAAAACUUCAUCAACCUUUUACUGUAGACCCAUUAAAUUUACAUUUAUUAAAGAAUGUGCCGAAAUUAUUCGUCAAGAGGAAAAAAACGUUGUUCAAUCAAUUAAUGCCCUAAAAACGUAUGAAAUUUCGGUAGGGGAUGCAAAUUUUAAAGUAUCAUUUGAGAUGCUUUUUACUAUGUUUGAUGGCAGUGUUGCUAAUAUCUUGUCUCAAACAAAUUCAUCUGCGAAAUGCAUCAUUUGUGGAGCCACUCCUAAAGAAAUGAACCUGGACACAGUUUUAACCAAAUAUCCGAAAGUUGAAAACUAUCGUUUUGGAAUUUCAACUUUACAUUGCUGGAUAAGAUUUUUCGAGUGUUUGCUACACAUAGCUUAUCGUUUACCAAUAAAAACCUGGCAAGUAAAGGGAGAACCAAACAAGGCAAUUUUUAAAAACACAAAAAAAUCUAUUCAGGAGGGCUUUAAAAGUAAACUGCAUCUUAUUGUUGAUAAGCCAAAGCCGGGAUGUGGCUCCACAAAUGAUGGCAAUACCGCAAGAAAGUUUUUUCAGAAUCCACAAUUAAGUGCCGAAAUAACAGGGAUUAGUAAGGACCUAAUUAUCAAAUUCCAUACAAUUAUAAGGGUACUAGUUUCGGGUUUUAAGAUAAAUGUUGAAAAAUUGAAACCCUUACUUAAUGAAACACGCUCUCUUUAUUUAAGUCUAUAUAACUGGUACUAUAUGCCUAGUUCGGUUCACAAGGUUUUAGUGCAUGGCUGCGAAAUAAUCGAUUUUUUUGAAUUUCCUAUUGGGCAACUUUCGGAAGAUGCUUUAGAGGCUAGACAUAAGGAAUUCAGAAAAAUCCGAUUACAUAAUAGCCGAAAAACUUCGAGAACAGAUACCAAUUACGACAUAAUAAGAAACCUUAUAAUGUCUUCUGACCCUGAACUAGCAUCCCUUAGGCAAAUAAAAUCAUUAGAAAAGAGGUCGGAUUAUUCAGAUAUUAAAGAAUAUUUCAUAAUUGAGGAGUCUCUAAAUGAUUCAGGUUUCUUUUCAGGUUGA